AGGACGCGUCUCCCCGCUGCGGUGCGCUCAGGAGGGGGCUGUCCUAACAGACCAGUAUACGGUGGUUUGCUGAGGCACCUUCCGCUGUAAUAAUAUGAACGAACGUAAUAUUCAUCCCGGACCACUUUGACGACUUUCCGGUUGCGCAAACUUUGCAGCGCAUUUGAAGUCGGAGUGGGACGUAACAGAGGACUGAGAGGACUUCUCCAACUUGUGACGCGGUCUGGACAAUUCGUUCAUUCGUUAUAUUGGCGUUCCCAUUUAAACGGGCCCCGCGGACAGACUGGAGGGUUCGCUGAGUCAACUUUCCUGUUCAUUAAACGGAGCGGGAGAUGGAGCCGGAGGAGGGCAAGGUCUCCGUGUGGGUCUGCCGGGAGGAGAAGAUCGUCUCCGGGCUGUCGAAGCGAACGACCUGCGCCGACGUGAUCAAAGCGCUGCUGGGGGAUCAGAACCUGCAGGACGGCGCCUCGGCCGCCAUGUUGGCCGGCCCCGCGCGGCGCUACUGCGUGGUGGAGAAGUGGCGCGGGCUGGAGAGGCUUCUUCCGCCCGCCACGCGCAUCCUCCGCCUGUGGACCGCGUGGGGCGCCGAGCAGCAGAAUGUGCGCUUCGUGCUGCUGAGGAGCGAGGCGUCGCUGCCUAGCAACGGCCCGCGCAGCGCCGAGGCGCGCGUUGUGCAAAGCAGAGGCGGCGCGCUGACGGGCGGCCUGCAACAGGACAAGCAGAGGCGCAUCGUCAGGAAGGCCUUUCGGAAGCUGGAUAAGAUGAACAAAAAGAGAGAGGACAGCGUCUCGAAGGACAAGAGCUCUGUGGAGAAAAUGGAGACCUUGGUGCAUUUGGUGAUUUCCCAGGACCACACCAUUCGCCAGCAGAUCCAGAGACUGAAGGAGCUCGACCGAGAGAUCGACAAGUAUGAAGCCAAAGUGCACUUUGACCGAAUGAAAAGACAUGGUAUCAACUACGUCCAGGACACUUACAUGGCAGACUCUGGUACCGACGCUCCGGUCGCCUCAGAUGUAGGCAUUCAGGAGCCGUACGAUGCAGAGGACGCCCUGGCACAGUUUGAGGAGUACGCAUGCAGGUGCGAGGAGGUGGUUCGGCUCCAGGAAGAGCUGACGGAGCGGGAGGCGCUGGUGGAGAGCAUCACCAGCCACAUCCAGGAGGAGCUCAACCAGCGCUGGAUGACACGGAGACGAGAGGAGCUGGCAGGUCAGGACACGGACAGUCUGGCCGACUCGGUGGAUCUCUGCCAUGGUGAGUCCACCAUCACCGUAGCCCGGCCAGAUGCUGAGAGUCUGUCUGAGGACGGCCUGGCCCUGGAGGAGGAGAGAAUCAAAACACAGCUCGACACUAGUUUGUACAUUGGCCUGCGACUCAACACUGAUAUAGAUGCCAUCAGAGGAGACUUGGACCUGAGUCUGGCACUCUGGGAGGCUAAGGAAAAAGAACUGUUGGAUUUAUUGUCGAAAGUUGAAAUGAUGGAGGUAGAACAGACAAACGCCAAUCUAAGUGAAGAUGGGAAGCAGGAGACCUGCAGUGUGGUGACUGUUGAAGAUGAGCCAGCUUCUCUGGAAAAGAACAGCGGCUGGGUGGAGCAGGCCAGAGGUCUGUCAAAGACAUGCAGCACCAACGAUGAUGACUCAGAUACAGGACUUAGCUCCAUGCACAGCCAAGACUCCGAUAACCCACCUGUCUGUGAGUCGCUGGUGUAGUCACACUCGUUGGAAACAUAUUGGACAGUUAUGCAAUAAAAAGCCGCAAACUCAGGGGCAAUCAAAUCAGUGUUGGCAAUACUGGGAAAUGUUGUUUUCUUCCCUCUCUGAAAUGCACCGCAAUAUGGACUCGUAUUCUAUAGCAAUAAUUCCUAUAUGUAGCCUAGUAACUGCACAAUAAGCUACUGAGAAUAGCCUAGAGUAUUAUGAUAAGCCACCUGUACUCGAUAGAAGACAACAUUAGGGCAUACUUACUGGGAAGGUAGUACAAUCUACACCUCUGUGCCAUCACACAGGUGGAGCGUUAGCUGUUAGGUGGAGUGUUAGCUGCAGCAGCUGGGAUGUAAGCUAGCAUGUUGGCCAGGGCCGCAGCUGUAAAGAUAUGCAACCUGAACAAGUUAAAACGUCAGUAUCAUCUUUAAAAUAUCUUAAUGUCAAAUACUGUUCGCCUUCAACCUCUAUACAGUUUGACAAGUUAGCUGUACAAAUAGUGGAACAAGUGUUUAGAUCGAUCAAAAGUUUCUGUGCAGGAGACCAGUUUGUUCACAAAUUGAGCAAACGUAGUGAUUUCAUACUUUGAACAAAGGCAUUCAUUUUCAAUUAUUAUCCAUCAUUGCUCAAUAUUACUAACUUCCUGUCUGUCACAUAGUUUUGCACUUAUGUUGUUGCUGAGUAAUGAGAAGUGAGUACCUGUGAGAUGUGUUGAGGAAGAGGAGCAGUGAGCCCGGCUGUGUGAGAACUGAUGAGGCCAUGUGAAGAUGAUCAGACGGCAUCUCUGGGCUUCAUCAGGCCGGUCCGUAGUCAGAGAUGUGUCUUUAUCCAACACAGUCACAUUUACUAAGUCAUGUCUUGGAAAUAGACAGGGGCCAACAAACUCUUAUUUUAAGUGUUACGGGCUAGCUUAUACAGGAUCAAAACUAAUCAAUAUUGAUAUUGAUAUUGACCGUUUGAGGCACAGAUCAGAACACCCUGUUGUUUCAGACUUGUGGCUGGUUAAGAAGUACACCUCAAGUGAUCAAAGAAGGUUGAAUCAGUUCACCUGGAUACAAUGUUUACAGACAGUCUAUUCUGUCAAUAAACAUUGUAUCCAGAUGAACUGAUUCAACCUUCUUUGAUGUUCCUACAUGGACUAUCGAGCAUCAAGACACACCUCGAGUGCUUGUGAGUGACACAGCUGUGUGGAGGUACAAUCUGGGUCCCAAAAGCUUAACGAAACGACAUGUAUGUUCACAUGUUAAACAACGGACUGUAUCUGGCAUCAGUUCUGCCUUUCUGUUCUGGUCAAAGUGAUCAGGCAUUCUUUUUUUUUUUUAAAUGCAUCGAUGAACACUUUCUAACAGUCAUUUUCAUGUCAAGGUCAAUGUUUCAGGUGUUUAUUUCCAUCACCGCAUGGAGAAGCCCUCUGAAAUUUAGCUGUGAUUUAGGGCUAAACACAUCACUCUGACUGGUUAUUCAGCCUGCACACACACACACACAACACACAGUACUAUACAUGUUCAAGUUCAAGUACUUUAUUUGUCACAUGCACAGAAAUACAAAGUAAAGUAAAACAUGCAGUGAAAUGAAGGGGGGUACUCCAUCUGCCAUUAUGUGAAACAAGACAGGCCUAGAUAAAAGACAAAAGAUACAUUUGUGCUACACUGAAUAAUGUGUGUGUGUGUGUGUGUGUGUGUGUGUGUGUGUGUGUGUGUGUGUGUGUGUGUGUGUGUGUGUGUGUGUGUGUGUGUGUGUGUGUGCAGGUCUUGUGUUGUGCAGACUGUAGAGAGACCAUCCUAGAGGCAGCACGGUAGAUUGUCAGAGUAAACAGCUGUAACUAUGAGUUUUAAGAUGGUUGUGUAGGCUUCCCAGAGUCCUGUACCUGGAAGAGCUUUGAAAUAGGGGAAUUCUUCAAAAAACCCUUUUGAAAUCCUGGAAAUAAACGUCACCAUGACAUGUCACUCCUGAACUGUGAUUCCUGGCUUACACCAUAUGGAAACACAUGGAGGUGCAGGACUAUGAAGGGGAUGAAAAGGAAGAAAUAUAUCAAACACAUAGCAGCAGCCCCUUUCUCUCUCUCUCUCGCUCUCUCUCUCUCUCUCUCUCUCUCUCUCUCUCUCUCUCUCUCUCUCUCUCUCUCUCUCUCUCACACACGCCCCCGGUAACCCAUGAACAAACUCAUAAUAUCUAUUUUGUAAUUUUAUAAGCUCAAUACGAUGAUGCCCAUGUCAACACUCACAGGGUUGUCUGCUGUCAGGUUGUAGAAUGGUAAAUAUUAACCAUUAAUAACUUGUUAAUUGUACCAGGGGCAAUAAAGGACUGAUACUGUAGUUAAUGGGGUAGUAUCCUGCAGCUCAUGCAGCUCAUGUUAAUCUGCUCUGUGUGUGCGUGGCCUAGUAAACUGUAUCAGGAUGUGUGGGCGGGGCUUAGCUGGCGCAAGGCUCUCUGUCCGCUGAUUGGAUGAUUGGACUGACUAUAGAGCCAUGAGGCUUGAGUACCAAGCAAACCAUUCAACAUGGCUGUUGGUGUUGAAAUAAAUAUUAAAAUGA